GGUUGAAUGGUACGAAGACUGGCAUCUUCUCCACAAGGAGUCCUCAUCGUCCUAAUGCCAUUGGACUUACUCUUGCCAAACUGGACAAAGUAGAAGGAGGAGCCAUAUACCUUUCUGGAAUUGACAUGAUAAAUGGUACACCUGUUCUGGACAUAAAACCAUACAUAGCUGACUAUGAUUCACCACAGGAUAUGAUUGAACCUUUGGAUGAGCUCAGUUUACAAGAAGGGGAACAGAAACAGAAAGACUUGCCUCACUCAAAUCAGAGUUCAAGUAGAGAUGGAGAACAGACUGACCUCCAUCAGCCGAAGGAAGGUAUAGACAAUAGGUUAAAUGCAGUGGAAGGAGAUGAAGAUACACAAGAAAACUAUUCAGGGAUUGGGCACCAUUCCGGCAGGGGUGUCAGGGCCUCUGGCAGUUGUGUUCCAUCCUGGGUGAAAGAUUCUCCUGUGACUCCUUUAGAAGUCCGGUUUACACCUCAUGCGGAAAUGGAUCUUGAACGAUUUAGUUCAGAAGAUGAUACAGAUGUCAAUAGAACUUCAUUUAAAUAUUUUCAAUCAGUGAAAGAGGCAAAGCGUGCCAUUACUGCUGUAUUAGCAGCUGAUCCCUGGUCUGUGUAUCGAAGGAAACAUUGCCAAGACCGUCUUUUCUACUUUUCCAUGGACACGGCACACAUUACUUGCUGGUUUGAUGAUGGGUUUGCAGAAGUGUUAAGGAUCAAGCCCACUGACACUGCUGAGAAUACAGUUUGGCAGUGUUCGUGACAAUCAGCUCCAUUUUAAGUAAUAACAGAACAGGUAAACCUGCCUUAGGAACUUCCUCCUGAUCAUCCUGUGGAAUGGCUCCGUGGGGAGGAAGCCUUUGGGCUUUCCUUCUUUUUCUUCCCCUUCAUUUGGCUCCUUCCUGGAUUUGCUCUCAUUCAGAUAUCAACCCUUUGUUUUUCACUUGAGUCUGGAAUAGUCCAGGGUAGAGUCAGGUGACGAUGGAUAGUAAUGGUAAGGAAGGAGGAGGAGGAGGAUAAGCCCCAGACAACUUCCCCCUCAGCUUCAACUACUGCCGUUGGCUCCCCUGGUUUCAGUAGUUAGCCCAUAGGCUGACUUCUCACCCAACCCACACACCUGUUCUUUGAAGAAAGCAAAGA